UUGUGUGUAUAAAAAUAUUCUGCUACCCUGGUUGUUUGUUUUGGUGCAUUUUAAAAUAAAUUGAAAUUAAAUUUUGUGUACUUGCAAUGGAUCAGCCGAUUGACCUUUCUGUUGUCGAAAUCCGCAACUACAUGUUGCGAAAUGAUGGCAAGGUGACGAACCAUGCACUGGUGAAACACUUUAAGAAAUUUCUUACCAACUCGCAUACCCAAAAUGAAGCGCGCAAACGCUUCAAAACUUAUGUGACGUUGCUUUCAACCAUCAAAAAUGAAAAUAACCAAAAAUUCUUAAUAUUGCGCAAAAAAUACAUCAAUGAAUGCCCCUCAGUAGAAGCUAUCGAAGCCGCGAUCUCUACCGUAGAACCAUGUAGUCCUGGCGAUAGUUCACUUAUUUCCGAAUUUUCGCCAUGCAGACCACCACCUGAGCAAACGUCUGCUAAGGAAACAGUGCACCAAGACCAAAACGAGAACUAUCGGGAUUGUGUGAACAAGUUUUCUGAAUCCAUGCAACGCAAUGGGUUUCAGCCUUGCAUUGAUUAUGUUGACUCAAGCAAAAACAAUUCGGUUUUCAGUAGAAACCCUUUGGAUGAAGCAAUUACUGCGGAAAACAUAUCGCGAUUCUCCUUUUCAUCGGAAGCAUCUUCUGACAGCUCCGCCACGGAUAAAGUAUCCGGCGCCGAGUUGGGGGCGGACGAAUCUGAAAAUCCCAUCAGCGUAAAAGAGGCAACGCGUAAAUUUAACCGGAUGGCGUCAGAGGAGGAGGCAAGGAUCAUUUCGCCGUCAGCAAAAAAAAAACAAGAAAAGCAAUUAAUUGAGGAGAAGGAUUCGACCGAAGUUACAAUGGCACAUCCCAAAGCAAAGGAAUGGAUUGUCUCGAUGGCGAAGGCUAAUUACCAAGAGUUAGCUAAAUUAGCUGGCGAAUUCCCGGAGCUGGUAAAAUUGCAGUAUACCGCACUACACUGGGCUGCCAAACACGGUAAUGAAGAUGUUGUUAAACUGAUUGCCGGCACCUUUAAAGCUGAUGUAAAUUCAAAGACGAAUGGGGGAUAUACACCACUUCACCUGGCCACCCAGUUCGGAAGGGAUAAUAUUUUUGAGCUGCUUUGGAAUGUAUACAAAGCCAAUCGGGACAUCAUGGAUUGGAAUGGCAAUAAGCCACUGGAUUACAGCCAACAGCGACCGAGUAUAUCGGCUUCUACUUGCAGUAAAAUCAAGGCACGAAAAAAGCAUACCAUCGAAAAAGAUUUGGGAUUCCUGCGGAUUGGUUCGCUAAAUGUUCGAGUAAAGAAGACAACAGAAGCAUUCAGCAAUUUUCUGGGAGUGGGCAAUGGCAGUGGUCCAGUACAGUUAGCAUAUAGCACUGGGGGAGUAGAUUCUGCAAUUGGUCGGUCUUACCAGAAAUCUCACCGACACUUUCAUCAGCUUCAUCAUGCUCAUCACACUGGUGCGACACGAAAUCGGCAUCCGACUCAGACUGUAGCGACAAACACACUGUACGGAGCUAAAAGCAACCUGCUUGGUUCAAGGGCGAGUGUUCCAAACAAUAGACAUAUAUAUGAUUUUGUACACAAAUCAUGGGGCUCGGCAGACAAUAUAACGCAGCGAACAGAAGAUCUAAUGCCGCCACCGAAAUCGAUAGAUCAUAGCAACAAACGCAACAGAUCUUCCAAAAGUUCAUCAUACACCUCCAAUGCAGCAGAUUCUCCACGUGAUUCAAUUUGCUCGUCUACGUCCAGUUCAAAUCUUUACAGUGGCUACAGCAGUAUGCCAACCACACCAAAUCAGAUUCGAGUUCCAAAGGACAUAGUAGCAUCAUUCGCCGCUGACUCUGAUUCAGAUUCAGCAUAUGGCUUUGACUCAAAUUGGUCAGUUAAUGGACAAACUCGUUAAACAACAUUCUAUUAAAGCGGUUUACUGUUAAUUUUUUAAAUACAUUUUUUUUAAUUAUCAAAAUAAUACAACAUGGCACGAUUAAAUAAAACUCAUUUCUUUGGCUGCUGCAUGGAA